ACCCACUCACCUCAAGAAUCAAUCUCUCCCUAUCACCUUUCUCCAUUGCUUACCACUUUUCUUCUUUCCCUGCUUUCAGCUUCUCACUUCUUCACUCACUCAACAAAAGAGAGUGUGAGAAACCAAAAAAAGGGACUCAUGGGUGUGAGACUCUGUGUUUUCUUUUUAUAAUGAACAAAGGACUACACACCCUCUUCUUCACUGAAGAAGAUGGCAAUCCAGCAUCAUCACAAUGACCAACUACAACACAAUGAAAAUGUCUCAUCUGUCCUUGAUGCCCUUUACUGUGAUGAAGUGAAGUGGGAAGAAGAAGAAGAAGAAGAACAGGAAGAAAGUGAUGUCACAACUCACAAUGAUGACACUGCCACUUCCCUUCUCCCUCUUCUCUUGUUGGAGCAAGACUUGUUCUGGGAGGAUGAAGAACUUAACUCUCUUUUUUCCAAAGAGAAGGUUCAACUAGAAGAAGUAGCCUAUGCCUAUAACAACGUGAACAACAACAAUAAUAAUAACACUAAUAAUGUGCAUUUGGACUCUUGUCUCUCUCAGCCUCGUGGUGAGGCAGUGGAAUGGAUGCUUAAAGUCAAUGCUCACCAUGGAUUCUCUGCUCUCACUGCAACACUGGCCGUUACUUAUCUGGAUAGGUUCCUUCUAAGCUUCCAUUUUCAAAGGGAGAAGCCUUGGAUGAUCCAGCUUGUGGCUGUCACUUGCAUCUCUUUGGCUGCAAAAGUUGAAGAAACUCAAGUGCCUCUUCUCUUGGACCUUCAACUGCAAGACACAAAGUGCGUGUUUGAGGCAAAGACUAUUCAGAGAAUGGAGCUGCUGGUGCUGUCCACACUCAAAUGGAAGAUGCACCCUGUCACCCCUCUCUCAUUUCUAGAUCACAUUAUAAGAAGGCUUGGAUUGAAAACUCAUCUCCACUGGGAGUUUCUCAGGCGCUGUGAGCAUCUUCUUCUGGCUGUGCUUUUAGAUUCAAGAUUUGUUGGGUGUCUCCCUUCUGUUUUGGCCACUGCCACAAUGCUGCAUGUUAUAGACCAAAUUGAGCACGGUGGUGGGAUGGAAUACAAAAAUCAACUUCUGAGUGUUCUCAAAAUUAGCAAGGAGAAAGUAGAUGAGUGCUAUAAUACGAUUCUACAAGUCUCAAACGCCAAUAAUUAUGGUGAUAACAACACUAGUAAGCGCAAGUAUGAGGAAUUCCCAGGCAGCCCAAGUGGCGUAAUUGAUGCUGCAUUUAGCUCUGAUGGUUCCAACGAUUCGUGGGCAGUGGGGUCAUCAUUAUAUUCACCACCAGAGCCUCUGUUCAAGAAGACCAGAACCCAAGGACAACAAAUGAAAUUGUCACCACUUAACCGGGUUAUUGUCGGAAUUGUUGGCACCUCUCCUUAAUCAAUAACAUCCAUCUCUCUCUCUCUCUCUUCACAAAACAAAGAACCAAAAAAAAGUCUUAUAUUUAUUUAAUGUGGUAAUUAAUCUUUCCAUGCAUGUUGCUCAACUAUAGUGCCUUCCCCUCUGUAUCUCCAUUUCCAACAAUGUCCCACAUCAUUUACAAGAGCCAAGGUGGUUCAGGAUUCAGGAAGAGGAGGACAAAGUUGGCAAUGAGGAAUCGAAAGACUAUCAGCACUCUAUAAUAUGUUUCAGGCACUUUUCCCUUUUUUUUUGUUCUUUGUUCAAUGGGUCUCAUAUAGACCAUACCAAAUUUGGACAUAUUUUAUAUCAUAUUUUCUAUAAUAAAUUGAGAACAAUUUUGUUCAUUUGUA